AUGCUCCCAGGCAACAGAAUGCUUGAAAAGGACAUGGUUGGAAUAAUUGUCAUUUUCUACUUCUUGUGUCUAGUAUCGAUUGUGGAGAAUGGCUUUAUCUUUGUAGUGCUGGCCAGCAAAUGGGCACGAUGUGGGACACUUCCCCCAAGUGAUAAGAUCUUAACUUUCCUGAGUGCAUCUCGCUUCUUCCUGCAGUGGGUGAUAUGUGGAAGGAACCUGUACAUCUUGCUCUAUCCAAUGGCCUUCGCAUACAGCCCUAUACGACAAUACCUUUCCUUUCACUGGGAUUUUUUGAACUCUCUUACCAUAUGGUCCUGUGCUUUGCUCAGUGUCUUCUACUGUGUGAAAAUUGCAACCUUCACCUACCCUGUCUUCCUCUGGCUGAAAUGGAGGAUCUCCGGGUACAUGACUUGGCUAUUGCUCGGAUCCCUUGGCCUCAGCUUUGCCAUUGCUUUCCUGUUUAUUAUAGGCAACCAUUAUAUCUAUUAUAUCUACUCGGUAAGGAGUCUUGUAUUUGAGAAUUGUACUAGGGAAAUUUUGAGAAGAAAAUUGGAAAUAUACUACUUUUUCCCUCUGAAAAUAAUUACUUAUUCAAUUCCAGCCUCCAUCUUCUUCGUCUGUAUGAUUUUGCUUAUCAGUUCCCUGGAAAGACACAGAAAGAAGAUGCUAUGUAGUGAUUCUGGCCUCUGGGACUUCAGGACCCAGGCUCACAUAAAGGCUAUCAAGACACUCAUCUCCUUCUUCAUCCUAUUUUUCUCCUACUUUUUGGCAUCACUGCUCAAUGCUUCAAACAUCUUGCCCUCUUUGAAGUCAUGGUACUGGGGGUGGGAGAUUUUGACUUACCCGUGCACAACAAUCCACUCCAUGAUUCUGAUCCUGACUAACCCUCAGCUAAGAGGUGUUCUGGAGAGGAGGAACUGCUUGAGAGAUGGGAUUUUUUAA